AUAUUUACUUUUACAGCUAGCAACACUAAACAUCAAUGCCAGUCAGAAGUCCAGUCACGCGAGAAAAAAAAUGUCUCAACAUGAAUGAAAACAUGGCACCCGAGGUUGACCCAUUGAGCACGUAUAACUUGACUUCUUUUCACAAUUUCGAAAGUUACGAAAAUGUACCAUACGGAGAAAACACUUACCCAUACCACGUUAAAUUAGAACAAUAUCAGAACCCUUUUAAUUGUUACAACAAUGUACCACAGAGUAGCGCUAAACCUGACCCACAACCAGACAAUACACACACGAGUACCGAUAUAAAUGCAAGCAAAGAACAAAUCCAACCAAAUAACAAUAACGAUAACUCAAACCAAAAUAUAGAUAUAAAACCAGAAAUAACCCAAAAUAUCACUAAACGGAAAAUAAAAAAAGAAAGAAGUAAAUACUUCUCCGAGAAAAUAACGGAUAAAGAUUACCCAUUCUAUGGUUGCUCGGUAUGUAACAUAUCAUACAAAACAUUACAUGAAUUAGACGCGCACGUGACGAACAAGCAUAAAGAUAGAAUAACGAGCUACGAUCUGAGGAUAAAGAAUCAAAUUAGAAAGAAGAAGUUGAAAAAAGAACAGAAGAAGAAUAAGAAGAGAAUGAAGAAUAUCGUCAAAAUGGAGAAGGAGAUUGAGAUAGAUAUAAAGCCGGAAGAAGGGUACAUUGGAAACGAAAAGGCAACGGAUUUCUUGAAUAACACGGAGUCAGAUAACCAGAGCUCGAAAGAGAAUGAGAAUGGCAAAACAAAUGGCAAGGUAAAUGAUAAAAAUGGAACGGAAGCAAUGAAAAAUGAUAGUUUAACGAAUAAACAGGAGUUGCAGAAUUUACAGAAGAUAUAUAAGUGCUUCGCCUGUCAGAAACAGUUCAUGUUAAGUUAUUAUUUGAAAUUGCACGUCAGAUCACACACAGAUGAAAAGCCCUACACCUGUGCAGAGUGCGGUCAGUCGUUCAUAACCGCUAGCAAGCUCGGUCGGCACAAUAAGAGGUUUCACCUAGCCAUCAGAUAUCAGUGUCGGAUAUGUUACAGAUAUUUUUCGAGAUUUGAAUUUUUAACUCGACACUUUGACAAGAAACAUCCGGAUGAUAAAUUAGAAGGUGAACCGUACGAUUACAACGCAAUUCUGCCAUAUUUAAAAGAAUUAGAAGAACAGCUCCGUGAAAAAUCUGAAAGUGAAAAGGCGAAACCUAAAGACGAAGAACUUUGGUCGAGUGACUGGCCGCCGAGUGAGGUUACUGGUAUCGCUGAUGAUUUGAAAGAAAGGGUGAUAAAAGAGGAGACAGAGUUAAAGAUUGAAGAGGUCAAGGUCGAUAUGGGGGAUGUCCAGGUGAAAGAAGAGGAGGUUGAGGAUAGGGAUGACUUCAGGGAUGACUUCGGGGAUGACGUCAAGGAUAACGUUAAGGAUGACGUUAAAAAUGAUAUCAAUGAAGUUAAAGAUGUUUUCAACGAUGAUUUUAAGGAUGAAAACGCAUCGGACGACGACUACUUCCCUUCAAACACAUGGGCGGUCCCUGUUUUGUCCCCGGGGGGUGAAGCCACGGGGGGGUCAACUACGGGGGGUUCGGCGGGUGUCGACAGGUUACAGUGUGGUGAAUGUGGCAAGAGGGUCAGCAGUGCCUCGUACUUAAGGGUCCAUAUCCGGACCCACAGCGGGGAAAGGCCGUAUAAGUGUUACGUGUGUGGAGCAGGCUUUAUUACGUCUAGCAAGAUGCAUCGGCACGUUCUGACGCAUCCUCAGUGCUGGGAAGACGAUCAAGUGAAAACUGAAAAUAUAGAUAUAAAGUUGGAAAAGGAAGGCGAUGCGGUAGACGAAGAUACAAAAUUAAAAAUGAAAAAGGCUCUCGCGAAGUUCUCCAAAAAAUCGAAAAAUUCGGAAAAGAAAAAGAAGCUUUAUCAAAAGCGGCCGCACGCUUGCGAGUUCUGUCAGAAGAGAUUCUUACAUUUGGAAACGUUACAGGUGCACAAGAAGUCCCACGAGGGCGAAGCCCUGGUGCACAAGUGCACGUUCUGCCUGGCCGAGCUGCCGGACGCGGAGGCGCGCGCGCGGCACGAGGCCUCGCACUGCGGACCGAAGCCCUACCUGUGCACCAUCUGCGGCAAGGGCUACAAGAAGCGGGAGACCAUGAUAUACCACAGGAAGAACCACAAGCCGGACAAGGAGUACAUCUGCGACAUCUGCACAAAGACCUUCAACGCGCAGUGCAAGCUGCAGCGGCACAUCGUGUCGCACCGCGCGGACCGCUUCGUGCUGCGCUACGAGUGCCCGGUGUGCGCGCACAUGUUCAACACCAAGUACCACGUGCAGAUGCACCUCGCCACGCACCAGAAGGAGGGCCUUAUUCAAGAAGAAAACCGCAACGAAAUACUAGCGAUGGUUUUACAAAACGCGAGAAAAAUACCUAAAACCCCAGACGCACCGGCCGCGCUAACAGACAUAGUACCUUCAGAUGAGCGGAGUCGCAUAUGCAACAUAUGCGGGGAGAUUUUCCAACAUUUCUACUACUUAGAGGAACAUUUAAAAAGCCACGGUUCGAAAAUAGCGAUCGAAGACAACGAAAAAAAUAGCGAGAAAAAACACAUAUGCAAAGUCUGUAAUAAAGGAUUCAAAUUGCAUUACUAUUUGAAGCUCCACAGCUUCACACAUACAAAGGAAAAGCCCUUCAUAUGCCAGCAGUGCGGCAAAGGUUUUAUAACUAAGGGCAAACUCAAAAGGCACUUAGAAACUCAUACUGGACUUAAAAAGUAUCAAUGUCAUAUAUGUUAUAAAUUCUUUACUAGGCCGAGUUAUCUAAGGAUUCAUGUUAGGACGAUACACGGGACUCAGGAUUAUAAUUUUAGGCUUGAGAAACAGUAUGGGUUGUCAUCUGUACCGGUUGUGGGGCAUAGCGUUUGAGUUGAGUUGUAAAGGCUUAUUUCACUGAACCCUUCUGGCCCUUCUGGGCCCAGCCGUGAGAUAUUACAGUCUAAAUAAAUUUCGCCUGUCUGACACAUUUUCAUAUAGUUAUUUGAUAUAGAUUGAUUUAAAACGGAUAAGUAUCUGAAUUUUUAUCCUUCAGAUAUUUCUGCGAAAUCUAUAAACAAGUUGUAGUUUAUGAGUUGAGUUGAAUGAUCACUAUCAACUAAAAUUUUCAAAUAAUUAAGUGAUCAGAAAAUAAUAGUAUAUACCAUAUAACUUACUGAUUGACUAUCUGGAAUUUAUCAGAAGAUGAUACAGGUCCUAAAGUUAUUGUUGAGUGUAACUCAUUGCUGAAAUAUAGGUUACUAGUUGAGUCGAAGAGUAACUUGUGAGUUGAGUCAAGAAGUGUAACAUUUGAGUUGAGUCAGUUGUUACUUACUAAACUCAAAUUGAGUUGUUUUUUGAAAUUUUAAAAUAACGUCAAUUUUUUUUCUUUUAUUGUAACAUAAACAAUAAAUGAAAGAUUGAGACCAAAUUUUAAAAAAUAUAUUAGAAAAGAGAAAUCUGGUGAAUAUUAUAUGUUGUAUGGAAAUAAAGUGUUAUAUUUUUAUGUAUUUUAGUAAUAAAAGUGGGUACCUUAAUGCGGGUAUAUAGUUUAGCUUUUAAUUUUCGGUUGUUCUACUUUAAACCUUCGGUUGUCAUAAAAAAAUUGUGCUUUUUUAAUUUAAAAAAAAAAAAUAACGUCCAUUUUCCAA